AGCUCCCUCGGCUUCACUUCAUAGCCCCGUUGUUUUAAAUUUCGUACCUUCCCUCUCUCUUUUUCUCUCUCUCUAAAAUCAAAACGAACCGUUUCGGUGUCAAACCAUGGUGGUGGUGGAGAAGACGAUCGAGGAAAUGUUGUACCUGCAGAAGGGCCAGGUGGAGCACAUCUUGCACCGACCCGAUACCUACAUCGGAUCGAUGACGAGGCUCACGGAGACGCUGUGGGUCUUCGAGAACGACGAGAUGGUCCAUCGCUCCGUCUCCUACGUCCCCGGCCUUUGCAAGAUCUUCGAUGAGAUUCUGGUGAACGCCGCCGACAGUAAACGGAGGGAUCACUGCAUGGACUCUCUCAAGGUCACCAUCGACGUCGAGCAGAACUGCGUCAGUGUUUAUAACAACGGCGCCGGGAUUCCCGUCGAGAUUCACGGGCCGGCGAAGGCGUAUGUUCCGGAGGUGAUCUUCGGCCACCUCUUGACCGGGAACGGCUACGGCGCAAAGCUCACCAAUAUUUUCUCCACGGAAUUCAUCGUUGAAGUCGCCGACGGCAAGCAACAGAAGAAGUACAAGCAGGUGUUCACAAACAACAUGCGGAAGAAAUCUGAACCAGUCAUCACUAAAUGCAAAGAGAGUGAGAACUGGACCCGGGUGACAUAUAAGCCCGACUUGACAAAAUUUAACAUGACACAUCUGGAAGAUGAUGUGGUAGCAUUGAUGAAAAAGCGAGUGAUUGACAUAGCUGGAUGCCUCGGAAAGACUUUGAAGGUUGAGCUGAAUGGAAACAGGGUCCCUGUAAAGUCAUUUCUUCGUUAUGUUGAUCUCUACUUGCAAUCUGCCGAAAAAUUUAAAGACACUCAACUUCCAAGGAUGAUUGCGAAACUCAAUGAUAGGUGGGAAGUUUGUGUCAGUUUCAGCGAUGGGCAGUUUCAACAGGUCAGCUUUGUGAAUAGCAUUGCUACAAUCAAGGGGGGAACUCAUGUUGAUUAUGUCACAGACCAGAUAAUUGCUCAUGUGAUGAAUGUUGUAAAUGGGAAGAAAAAAAAUACCAACCUCAAGGCUCACAAUGUGAGGAGCUAUCUUUGGGUUUUUGUCAAUGCUCUUAUUGACAACCCUGCCUUUGAUUCUCAAACAAAGGAAACUUUGACUAUUUGCCCAAGCAGUUUUGGGUCUAAAUGUGAACUACCCCAAGCCUUGUUAAAGAAAGUUGCAAAGUCUGGGAUUGUGGAAAGUCUUCUCUAUUCGGCAAGUGAUGGAACAAAAACGGAGAGUCUUCUUAGCAUCAACAAGCUGGAGGAUGCUAACCUAGCAGGAGGAAGGGACUCUGAAAAGUGUACCUUGAUUUUGACACAAGGAGAUUCAGCUAAGGCUCUUGCAAUGGCUGGACUUGCUGUUGUUGGUCGGGAUCAUUAUGGCGUUUUUCCAUUGAGAGGUAAAUUGCUCAAUGUAAGAGAAGCCAGCUUGUUUCAACUCAGGGACAAUGAAGAAAUCAAGAACAUUAUGAAGAUUCUUGGUCUGCAGCAAGACAAACAAUAUACCGACGCCAAAUCUUUAAGAUAUGGGCAUCUGAUGAUCAUGACUGAUCAGGAUCUCGAUGGCUCCCACAUAAAAGGGUUGCUGAUCAAUUUCAUUCAUUUCUUCUGGCCCUCUCUGCUAAAAGAUCCUUCAUUUUUUGUUGAGUUUAUAACGCCUAUUUUUAAGGCAACUCAGAAGAAUGGGAAAGAAGUUGCAUUGUAUUCAAUGCCCGAGUAUGAAGCUUGGAAGGAAAGCUUGAGGGGUGAUGCAAGUGGCUGGACCAUUAAAUACUAUAAGGGGUUGGGAACAAGUACUUCAAAGGAAGGUAGGGACUACUUUCAGAAUCUAGAUAUGCACAAGAAAAACUACGUUUGGGUAGAUGAACGUGAUGGGGAGGCUAUUGAGCUUGCUUUUAGUAGGAAGAAAAUAGAAGAUAGGAAGAAUUGGCUGCGGCAGUUUGAGCCUGGUACUCAUCUUGAUCAGAAGGAGAAGCUUGUAACAUACAGAGAUUUUGUUGACAAGGAGCUUAUACAGUUUUCCAUGGCUGAUCUGCAAAGGUCGAUACCAUCAAUGGUUGAUGGAUUGAAGCCAGGUCAAAGAAAGAUACUGUUCUGCUCUUUUAAGAGGAACUUUAUCAAGGAAGCAAAAGUUGCCCAGUUUUCUGGUUAUGUGUCUGAGCAUUCUGCCUACCACCAUGGUGAGGAAAGUCUUGCCAGUACUAUCAUUGGAAUGGCACAAGAAUAUGUGGGCAGUAACAAUGUUAAUCUCCUUCAACCAAAUGGUCAAUUUGGGACUCGUAACUUGGGAGGCAAAGACCAUGCAAGUGCUCGUUAUAUAUAUACUCGGCUUUCUCCUAUUACAAGGUUUCUUUUUCCAAAGGAUGAUGAUAAACUUCUGGACUGCUUGAAUGACGAUGGGCAAUCUAUUGAGCCAACCUGGUAUGUGCCGGUUAUCCCAAUGGUUCUUGUGAAUGGUAGUGAAGGAAUUGGGACUGGUUGGAGCUGUUAUGUCCCUAAUUAUAAUCCAAGAGACAUCAUUGCAAACAUUAGGCGGUUUCUUAAUGGUGAUGAAAUGGUGCCAAUGGAUCCGUGGUAUAGAGGCUUUACUGGAUUUAUUGAGAAAACUGUCAAGGAAUCUGGUACAAGCUACACAGUAUGUGGGACUAUUGAGGAAGUCAAUGAGACAACACUCAGGAUUUCGGAGCUACCAAUCCGUAGGUCGAAUCAAGAUUAUAAGGAAUUUUUGGAGUCUAUCUGUCAAGGGAAUGACAAGGCCAAGGAUCCUUUCAUCGAGGGUUUCACACAGCAUAGUGAUGACAGUACUGUAGAAAUUAUAGUCUACUUGCCUGAGGAGAACCUGAUGGCAGCCAGAAAAGAUGGUUUGCUGAAGAAAUUUAGACUGACCUCUACAAUAGGCACAACUAACAUGCACCUGUUUGAUCCAAAGGGUGUGAUUAAGAAAUAUGACACUCCAGAGCAGAUUCUUGAGGAAUUCUUUCACCUAAGACUUGAAUUCUAUGAGAAAAGGAAGAAAGUAUUGUUGGAUAACCUUGGGUUGGAAUUGUUGAAAUUGGAAAACAAGCUUCGAUUCAUCAGGAAUCUCGUAUGUGGAGAUAUAGUUGUGAGUAAUAGGAAGAGAGCUGAUCUAUUCCUUGAGCUCAAACAGAAAGGUUUCAAUCCUUUUCCAAAGAAAACUAAGGGUGUGGAGCCUGAGGUUGCUGGAGCAACUGAAGAUACAGAAGAAACAGAAGUGAACCCAGAGGCAGUCAUUGGUUAUGGAGUACGAAUCAGUGAUUAUGAGUAUCUGCUCUCGAUGGCAACUGGAACGUUGACCAUUGAGAGUAUUGAAGCCUUAUCCCUUGAGAGGGAUAAGGUCAAUGCGCAGGUUCUGGAAUUGAUGGGCUCAACAUCAACCUCACUGUGGUUGAAGGAUCUCAAUGCUCUUGAAAUGGAACUUGAUGAGCUGGAGAGAAGUGAGGCUUUGGCAGAUGAGGCAAAAAGAAAAUCAAGAAACAACCAGAAAGCUCCUGAGGUGAAGAAACAGAGAGUUGCAGCAAAAGGUAUGAGCCAUGACCCAAUUAUCCUUUCUGAUGACGAUGCCGAAGAAGAAAUGGUGGAUCUGACUUCAUCUGAAGAUAAGGAAACUGCGCAGAAGGAAGCACGUUGCAGAAAGGCCACAAGAACUGAAGAUGGAAGAAGAGUCAGACAGAGAAUAGAUUUUGUUUGUGGAAUUGAUUGACAAAGUGGAACUUUGUCCCUAGUGGAACUUUUGCCACCAUAGGGUUUGUUUGUGGAAUUGAUUGACAUAGUGGUUUUCGAUUCG